GGAGGGAACUCAACCCGGAAAAGGGUGUUGGCUGAAGGAGAGGAAGAACCAGAACGAGGACCAGACCCGAAUCCUGAGCUGCAUCUUGACCCAGACUCGGAGUUGGACCGGAACUGCGACCUGGGACACUAUAGCAAUCUACGCAGCCGCAGUUUGAUCCGGAGCGCUCUGCUAGCCGCUAACAGCUAACAUUCCGGAGUGGAAGAUGAGUGGCGGGAUGAACAGCAUCGAUGCAGUGAAGAAGAAGAUCAAGGUUCUGCAGGACCAGGCGGAGGAGGCGGAGGAGCGGGCGGAGCAGCUGCAACGGGAGGUGGAGAAGGAGAAGAGGACCAGGGAGGAGGCAGAGGGAGAGGUGACGUCUCUGAGCCGGCGGCUGCAGCUUAGUGAGGAGAACCUGGACCGGGUCCAGGAGCGUUUGGCCGCCGCACUGCGCAAGCUGGACGAGGUGGAGAAGGUCGCUGAUGAGAGCGAAAGAGGCAUGAAGGUGAUCGAGAACCGGGCUCUGAAGGACGAGGAGAAGAUGGAGCACCUGGAGGUCCAGCUGAGGGAGGCCAAGCUGAUCGCUGAGGAGGCCGACCGUAAAUAUGAGGAGGUCGCUCGCAAGCUGGUGAUGGUGGAGGGAGAACUGGAGCGGGCCGAGGACCGGGCCGAGCAGGCGGACAGUAAGGUUUGGAGGCUGGAGGAGCAGCUGAGGGGUUUCGACCAAUCACUGAAGAGCCUGCAGGCGUCUGAAGACAAGUACUCCAACAAGGAGGACCGCUACGAGGAAGAGAUCAAGAAUCUCAGCAACAAGCUGAAGGAGGCAGAGACCAGAGCUGAGUAUGCCGAGCGUACGGUGGCCAAACUAGAGAAAACUGUUGAUGGCCUGGAAGACGCACUGACCUCAGCUAGAAACGCCAACAUGGAGCUGCAGGCGACGCUGAACCAGACCAUGGAGGAGCUCAACUCCUGCUGAAGCUCCUCCCACCGUGUCGCCUGACAGGAAGCUCCUCCUUCUCCUCCCAGGGGACAGGUGGAGGUGGGCAGGGGGGCGUGGCCUCCUGUCUGGAUAAAUCCUGAUGUCACACAUUCCAUCUGUCACCUUUGACCCCAUCCCUGUCACUAACCACUCCCCCUUGUUUUGACUAAUUCAGUGUUUUCUCUGAAUGUUCAGUUUCCUUUGAUAAUUGAUUUGUUAAUUAGGGCCAAAUAUUAUUUCAGCCAAUAACGUUGAAGGGGCGUGGCUUCAGUGUGUGAUCAGCCAAUCAUGGAAAGACAUUCCACUGCCAAAUAUGGUGACCCAGGGGCCAAUCAGUGCUCAGAGUGUUUUUACCUGGUGAUGUCAUCACUGUGAUGAUGUCACAGUUCAUUCUAAUGACCCAAAGCAAAGAUUUUAUAAAAUAAAAGCACCGCAUGUAAAACUGA